CUUGUACUAAUUAUUUCAAUGGCAUUAUGACAGGUUAUUCGUCUCUGGUCUUUAGACAGCUACAAAUGCAUAGAAGAACACUCAAUGCCAGCUAUAUUCCCUUUAAUUGACUUUGAUUUUGAUGAGAGCAAGAUUGUUGGUCUAAUUGGUAGCCAUUUAUGCAUAUGGAGGCGGAAUGGGAAAAGAAGCAUAUUUCCUUCACUUGGAGGCAAAUUUGUAAAAGGUUCAUGCAUGCGCUAUGUUGAUCCAGAAGCUGUGGUUGGGUGUGAUGAUGGAGCUGUUCGUGUUUUUGACAUGUACAGUAGGAGAUGUUCUCAAAUAUUAAGAAUGCACCCUGUACCAAUAACAUGCUUAUGUUUGAACGAAGAUCGAUUGAUAAUAAGUGGCUCCACUUCAGGGGAUAUAAGAAUAUCAGAUCCAUCCUCUGUUCAACAGGUAGCAACACUUAGAUCAAGUGAUGUCAGAGGCAUAAGGACCAUGUGCUUCAAUCCCUCCUCUCAGCUACUAUUCGCAGGAUCAGCUGUUGGAUGUGCAUAUUGUUGGGACCUUAGAACAAGGAAACUGUUGUGGAGCAACCGAGUGUGUCCUAAUGUUAUAUACUCCCUACAGCACAUGCAAAAUGACACAUCAACAUUAGUCGUUGGUGGAAUAGAUGGUAUCUUAAGAUUGCUAAAUCAGAACGAUGGCAAAACUGUUGCUUGUUUUUCUAUGGAUGAUAAAUUGUUAUCAACCUUUCAAAGUCCUUCUGGUUCCGUUCAAAGAAUAAAAGGGCAGAGGUUGCCCGAGGAUGACUUAAUAAAUAUUGAGCACCUCGUUUGUAUAACUGAUCGACCUUCUAUUACCUGCCUCGCUGUUGGAAUGAAGAAGAUUGUUACCACACACAAUACCAGUGACAUCAGAUUAUGGAAAUUCAGAAGCUGACAUUUCUUUGUAAAAUUAAGUAUUUAAUUUUCCGAAUAGUGUUUGUAAAUAAUUAUCUUUUUGAAGAGCUGUAGUGUGACGAAGAAAAGUUUAUCGUUCUAAAUAAUUAUCACUAUUAUACAAUCCAUGAAUUUUAUCAAGCUAUUAUCGCGUUCUUGUAUAUCAUAUAAAGCACUGGUUCAU